GAUGGAACCUCGUCCAGCAGAACCCGUUCUUUGUUGUGGCUGAAGUUAACUCCCCCCCCAAAAAGUCUAUGCCAGGUGGCUCUCACAUUCAUUUAUAGCAAGAUUCCAUGUUGCCUUUUCUUCAGUCACUUCCUUGCUUUUCAUGGGCUUGCCAGGGCUUUUGCUCUUCCAGAAUCAUUACACGCACGUAUAUCUAACCCCCAGCACUUAUUAGUGAACAGCCAUUCGAUCCCCAUCUCAUGCUGUGUACAUUUCUUCUUACUUUCAAACAUAUUGGGCUCUUGUAUGUUGUUUAAGGCGCGUCAACACACAUAUGAUCACACAUCAAACUCGCAUGCGACAGCAACUCAGCGCAAGGGGCCACUAUGGAGUUUGGCGCCGACCAAGUGUCUCAUGAGGCCGAGUUCCCGUCUCAUCAUGCUCAGCCCGAGAUAGACCACAAAAAAGCCGACGCCAUUGUUGAAGCAUGUACGCGGAGCGAUGUGAACGCAUUGCAAUCGCUUGCUGAAUCCGAAGGCGGCUUUCUCACUGAUGAUCUGAGGAGAAAAGCAUGGCCUAUUCUCCUAGGAGUCUCCUAUAACCAGGGGGAGGACGAGCGUCCUGAUGCCCCUGAGGCCUCAUGGAAAGAGUUGCCUCGGCAUAGGGAUGAGGAUCAAGUCCAGCUCGACGUCAACCGUGCCUUCAUCUACUACCCAACAGACCACUCCGACGCCCAACUCGAGGAACGGAAACGCGAGCUAUCUGAACUCAUAAACCACGUGCUUCGUCGCUACCCCUACCUGUGUUACUUUCAAGGGUACCACGACAUUUGCCAGGUCUUCCUCCUCGUCCUCUCUUCCCCUAACCAUCGUGUGCGCCUGGUCGCCCGCCUCUCCGCCCUCCGCAUCCGCGACUACAUGCUCACCACCCUCGAACCCACCGUCAACCAGCUCCGCCUCAUCCCCGACAUCCUAGGCGCCGCUGACCCCUCCCUACGCCGCCACCUCGCCGACACGGAGCCCUUCUACGCCCUCGCCGGCACGUUGACCAUGUACGCCCACGACAUCCAGGCGUACGGCGACAUCGCCCGCCUCUUCGACGUUCUCCUCUCCCACGAGCCCGUCUUCAGCAUCUACAUGUUCGCCCAGAUCGUCCUCAACCGCCGCGACGAGCUCUUCGAGCAGGACCCCGACGACCCGUCCAUGCUCCACCUGAUCCUCUCCAAAGUGCCCCAGAAAAUGGACCUCGAAAAGCUCAUCGCCGACACCGCCCAGCUUUUCCGCCGCCUCCCUCCCGAAUCCCUGCCCGCCUGGCGACGCAUCUCCACUGCGAGCUGCUUGAAGACGGCGCGGUCUAUCGAGGACUGCGCGAAGCAGACCAUGGAGGACGGGGAGGCUUAUUUCGAGAGACAGCUCAAGGAGUUGCAGGCCGCGGAAAGGCGCAGGAGAAUCGUCAAAACUAUGUGGCUACACCGCAAGAGCGCCGGCGCUCUUGGGCUCGCCGUGGUCGUGGGUCUCAUUGCGGUGUAUCUACCCCGGACAUCUGGGCCGAUCACCAAAGUGUCCGCUUUCUUUUCGAAGCUUUUAGAGCGGUAAUUAUGAUUUAAUUAGACUUUUAAACGCACGAUGUAGCCAUCACACAAAGAAGCCGUAGAUCACCGC